CUGACGAUAGUUCAUCAGCCGCGUAGCGUGCCAUUAGUUAGAAAAGUCCACUUAAAGCAGUGUUUCAGCAGCGAAAGUUGAGGUGCAUCGAAACGACAACCCGCAAUGGGCCGGUGGAGCACUUCUCUAGCCAUCCUUGCAUGGGCGUGCGCGGGCCUUGCACAAGCUGGCUGUCCGAACGCCACAAGUUUGAGUCCGUGCACGUGCGACUACUACGGCAUCAACUGCAUGCGAGCCGAGCGUGCAGCGCAGCUGAGACGUGCUUUCAACAGCGUGAACGCGCAAAGCAGCGACCACCGAUCAUUGUGGAUACAGAAUACUCCAAUCAAGUCCUUCAGGCCCGGAGUACUGGGAUUUUUUAGAUUCGAGAACGUUCACAUUGAGAAAAACGCCAACCUGACUAACUUCACCUUGGGUUCCCUGCUGCUCAUGAACAAGGUCGUCACCGUGCUCAGUUUGUAUGGCAAUGCCCUAGAGACGUUUGAGUAUGACAGGCUGCGGAGCUUCACAUCGCUGGAGAGCCUCGACCUUGGCGGCAACAAGCUGAGAAAAGUGCCGCCAAAUGCGUUCAAAAGCAUCCGCCUGCAGAGGCUUUCGCUGAGGGGAAACCCGAUCACUGAGAUCGGGGCAGCUGCCUUCUUUGGCCUCACCAACCUCACCGAGCUUCUCCUGAGCCAAACGAGGCUUAUGAAACUGGGAGGACACUCGCUGUCUUUUAUUCGCGCAAACCCGCACCUCAAGAUUGACCUCUCGCGUUCUGCGAUCAAGACCAUCGAAAGCACCGCCUUCGACGCAGCGAUGCCCCUGGAGGUGGACCUGUCCCACAACAAGCUCACCGAGCUGCCGAGGAAGCCCUUCGAAGGACUGAUCAUCCGCAUGAUUUCGAACGCACGGGGACGGGAACUUACACCGGUCAUCAAAGUCGAAGGCAAUCCUCUGACUUGCAUGGGCUGCUCGUACGUGUGGAUCAUCGAGUCUAGGAAGCGGAAACGUGUACGCAUUAUCGAAGGAUUCAAAUGUCCCGAUGGUCUGAAUGCGACCAGCCUCACCCGUCAGAGAAUCAAGUGCAAGCCUCCUGGGAGCAUCGCCACCAUCGGCUAAGUUAUGCAAAACGCGCACACAUGACGUCACUUGAAAAUUAAAUGAAAAUUGCCCGGAACCAUUUCCGACAUAGAAAACAGAAAAAAAA